UUAGUGUACUCUUAACCGGUGACAAGUGCAAGUUUAGUGAUAAUUUCUUAGGAUACAUUGAAUUGAACCAAAAGGAAAAUUCUCAGCUAAAAUUCAUUUUGAAGGCAAAAACAAAAAAAAAUGCUCAUCAACAAAUGAAAAUGAAUAUAUUACUCUUCCGUAAGCAGUUUCGCAUGCAGCUAUUAGCGGCGCUGACAUGUCACAUUAUGAGCUUCUCGCAUGGUCUUGGCGUUGGUUGGAUGUCACCCACUGUGGAAAUAUUACAAUCACCUGAGACGCCAUUGGAUUUUCCUGUGUCCAUCGAUCAGGUUUCUUGGAUUGGUUCGACGUUUGGUUUUGGUUUUUUGAUUGGAAAUAUACUGUUUUUUCUAACAGUAAAUCGACUGAGUCAUAGAAUUAAUAUGUACUUACUGGCUUUGCCCCACAUGCUCUUUUGGAUACUGAUUUUUUUCGUACAAAAUGUAAACUACCUAUACGCAGGGCGAUUUUUUGCUGGCUUGACCAGCAGUGGAUUGUUUGUGAUGUCGCCGCUUUUUCUCAGUGAAAUUUUAGACAAGGAUAUUCGUGGCGCUCUCAUGUCCAUGAGCAUGAUGCUCCUCAGCUGCGGUGUUCUAGUUGGCUUCAUUUUGCCAACAAAACUCAACUAUUACAUAACGCCUUGCAUCGCCUUGGUGUUUCCAAUAUUGUACUAUAUAGGACUGUGCUUCUUUCCGGAGACCCCACAAAGUUUACUAAAGCGUGAACGUCUGGUUGAGGCGGAGGCAGCAUUUAGUUUUUACAAAGGCAUUGAUAACUGCAGUCAAAAGGAGUUCAUCUCAACCGUGGAAGCAUCAAAGAGCGAAUCAAGGAUACCUAGCGAAUUUGAAGAAUUCAAAGCAAUUGUUUUGAGUGCAGACUCGUGCCAACCCGUAACCCUGCAUGACUUCUUUGAAAAGUCUGCGCUUAAGGCAUUUGCUGACGCAAUUGUGCUGUGCAUUUUGUAUCAAUUGUCGGGUUGUUUCGUAAUUCUUAAUUACAUGGCUACAAUAUUUGCUGCAACUGGUUCAACGAUGGAUCCAUAUACCUCCACUACCAUUGUGGGUGUAUCGCAUAUUAUUGGAACCAUCCUUGCUAGCCUAUUGGUGGAGCGACUUGGUCGGCGAGUGCUGCUCUUCUCGUCUGUAGCGGGUAUGACAGCGGGCAUGUUUGGAUUAGGCGCCUUUGUCCAAUUCAUAGAUGCUAGGACGAUGGCACAAUUUGAUUGGGUACCGCUUGCUUUCAUGGUAGCUGUGGUCUUUACGUCAGCCUGUGGACUUUUUGGCAACGGUUUCACCAUAGUGGUUGAAACUUUGCCAGCAAAGACCCGAUCUCAAGCCUUGCCUAUAUUAAUGGGGUUCAAUAGUAUAUUAUUGAUCAUCAUCAUGAAGCUUUAUCCGUACUUUUUAUUGAAUUUGGGCAUUCCCACCACAAUGUACACUACAGCGGCAAUAAGUGUAGUGAGCAGCAUAUAUUUGUAUAUAUUUCUACCGGAAACGAAAGGAAAAUCAAUGGUCAACGAUUUAAAAGGUAUAAUAAUAAUUCUCCAUAAAUUAGUUAAUUACAAAACAAUAAUGGUAAACAAUCAAAGAUUGGCGAUUUUUAAUAAACGUUAUCGCAUGCAGAUUUUAGUGACACUUACAGCUCACAUUAUGACCCUCUCUCAUGGCAUCGGCAUAGGUUGGCUCUCACCUACACUGUUGAUAUUGCAAUCCCCGCAAACGCCUUUAAAUUUCAAAGUCACCGUUGACGACGUUUCAUGGAUUGGCUCAAUUUUCGGCUUAGGUUCUUUAUGCAGCAAUAUAUUCUUUGGACUCACUGCCGAUCGUUUGGGCAGAAAGACGAACAUGUACCUCUUGGGCCUUCCACAUAUGUUUUUUUGGAUUUUCAACUAUUUUGCACAAAGCGUCGAAUAUCUGUAUGUAGCGCGCUUCUGUGCGGGCCUAACCAGCGGCGGUCUCUAUGUGAUUGGGACUAUCUUUAUAAGUGAGAUUUCAGAUAAAGAAAUUCGUGGCGCACUCACUUCAUUGGCGAUGAUGUUUCUCAGCUGUGGCAUUCUUAUCGGCUUCACAUUGCCCUCCUAUCUCGACUAUCACCUUAUACCGUGCAUUAUAAUUUUUCUCUCCCUAAUUUAUUUGAUCAUAUUAUCAUUCUUCCCAGAGACACCGACAAGCCUCUUGCUGCGAAAACAGUUGAAAGAAGCUGAAUUGUCUUUUGAUUUCUAUCGAAAUGUAAAAACUAAGAAAAAUUUUCCUGAGCUAUCCGUAAAUAAGUUGGAAUCACCGGCAACCAUAAGUGAUUUUGAAGAGUUGAAGGCAUCUAAAUUCCAAGGAGGCAAGGCCCAUUCCAUUGCUUUGCAUGACUUUUACAAUAAAUCAGCUUUAAAAAAAUUUGCUCUUGCUUUUGUCAUCUGUAUUCAGGCACAAUUUUCCAGCAGCUUCGCUUUUGUCAAUUAUAUGUCUCACAUUUUCUCUGAAUCUGGAUCAACAAUGGAUCCAAAUAAGUGUACCUUGAUUGUGGGUGUGGUACAAAUUAUAGGCACCUUAUUGGCUUCCAUUCUGGUCGAACGUUUUGGUCGUAGAACGCUAAUGUUACUCUCGACCGCUGGCAUGGCUUUGGGAAUGUUUUUCUUUGGCGCUUUUGUACAAUUUACCGGAGAAUCGACCAAAGCUGAGUUCAAUUGGAUUCCUCUGGUGGCGAUGGCUUUUGUCACAGCUACCGCCGCUUUUGGUGUAAUCUCAUUAACAUUUACGAUAAUAGUGGAAAUCUUGCCGGCAAAGAUUCGUCCUCAAGCUCAAUCAAUUGCGAUGAUGUUUUGCAGUAUUAUGGUUUUCAUCACACUAAAGUUGUACCCCUAUUUCCUCUACAAUUUCGGCAUAUCAAUCACAAUGUACUCGUGUGCUGGCUCCUGUGUGGUUACUGGAAUUUAUUUGCUCAUAUUUUUGCCGGAGACGAAAGGCAAAUCGAUGGUGAACGAUUAAGACGUGUUGAUGUAGUAUUUACCGAAAUUCUACUAAAGUUAUUGAAUUUUUACUUAACGAAGUUCAAGAUAUUUACAAAUGUAAAAGUGAUGUGUAGGAAGUUAAUU